AUGCGUGAUGAGACCAUUCGAGGUAGAGGACACCGGUUGGGAUCAUUACAGUCAGACGAGUCAGGCUUGGAUAUGGAGCGAAAUAUUUAUGGUCAACAAACUGGUCCAAAUCUGCAUUCGAGUCCACCAUCUCUUCAGCCAUUUGCAUCUAGUGGUCAACACUCUGAAAGUAAUGCUGCUUAUUUCUCAUGGCCAACAUCUACUCGAUUGAAUGAUGCUGCUGAAGGUCGAGCAAAUUUCUUUGGAAACCUUCAGAAAGGGGUGCUGCCUAGAAAUCUUGAUCGACUUCCUAGGGGUCAACAGGCCUCCACAUUGCUUGAUUUGAUGACCAUAAGGGCAUCUCACAGCAAAAUACUGCGUUGCUAUAGUCUUGGUACAGCAAUAGGAUUUCGGAUCCAGAAGGGUGUGCUCACAAACAUACCUGCUAUUCUUGUCUUUGUUGCUCGGAAGGUUCACAAAAAGUGGCUUAGCAACAUUCAGUGUCUGCCAUCGGCUCUUGAGGUAAAGUGCCUGUUACUCUGGUUGGGAUCCUGUCCAUCAUCAUUCUUCCAUUGCAUCCCUGACUAUUUAUUAAACUUAUUGGUGUGCAAUAUUACCUUUACCUUUUAAUGUGAAUAGGGACCUGGAGGUGUAUGGUGUGAUGUCGAUGUCAUAGAGUUCUCAUACUAUGGUGCUCCUGCCCCAACUCCGAAAGAACAAUUGUACGAUGAACUUGCAGAUGGCUUGCGAGGAAGUGAUCCCUGCAUAGGUUCUGGUUCUCAGGUAGUUAUGUUUUCUAAGUUUCCAGAAACCAUCCUUAUUUAUGAUGUCCAAAACCAGCAAAAUGAUCAAUAGUUUUUAUUCUUUUCAAGUUUACUUUCUUUUUAUACUUAAUAAUUUGAAUAGUAUAUCAUUUUCUUCAAUUAUGGCUUUGCAUCUUGUCAUGUUUUUAAAUUUAUUUACCUUAGAAAAUUACUCUCUGUAUGAUGUUUCUUUCUUUUUAUUUGCUUUUCUUCAUUGAACCUAUACCUCAUGAAACUAUUUAAGAUUGCUGGGGAUGUCAAUAGAGGCCCCUGAUCAGUAAUGGAGAAGUUCUUAUACUGUUGAAACAAUUCUCUCUGAGGUUUGCUUAAUCUUAAUAUUUCUGAAAGUUUGAUCUAUGGGUGUACUGAAUACCUUGUUGUAUAACGGGCAUAUUAAUACUCCGGUGAAGGACAGGCUAUUUAUAUACUCUUGGACUGUGCAGACCUGUCUCUGGUUUCACCGUGUUUAUGUGUUGUCCUUGUUUUUGGAUCUCUGUGAUGCGUUUAUGCCCAGAUUCAGACCAGGGUUGACUUGGUACUGCAUAUGCUGUGACAGGGUUAGCAUUAAACACUACCUGGUAGUAAGGUCUAGUUUCCAUUUUAUAGCUAGCUGUAACUUUUAUCUUCUUUCCUCAGGAGAGCCUCAAUGUAUGAUAUGAGCAGUUUCGGAUGGUUGAUUUUGAAUGUAAAUCCAAAAUUCGGUAGUGUAUUAACUGCCCAUUUAGAUUUGCUUCUGUUUUGAAUGCAUUGUUAGAAAUAAGUUAUUAAUUCUUGUUGAAUAUCUGGUUAGAUUCAACGAAGGGGACUUGUUGGCCCAAGUCUUUAUGUUUUCUCUAGACAAUUUGGAGGAGACCUGUUUAUAACCUAGAAGCUAGUGAAAUCCUGGGCAUGAUGGUUUUUGGUUUUAGAUCAAUCAUUCUAGGAAUAGCAUAAAGCAGAGUCUGAUGACUCUUCAUAGAGAACUUGGAAAUAGAUCUUCAAUGAUUAAAUGCUAAGUUCAAUCAUUGGUUGGCUUGCGUUGUGUCACGCCCUUGAAAAUUCAAGACUAUAACUUUAAGCUGUAAUGUCUUUUGGAACUUCGAGGCUCUUUUUUUUUCCCUUUUCUGAGUGGUGUGAUUUCAAUAGAUUCUAUGGUUUACAUAUAACACAAGGUGUUGCGUUGAUUUAAGUGACUGGAACCAUGACAAAGUAGACUACAGCACAAAUUUUGUUUGUCAUUUUUCUAUUUCAGUUACGAAUCAUGGAUUGGACCCUCUCAUUUUCUCUGUUUAUCUGUUUCUUUCAGAGGAAUUUUUUUCCUUUUUGUUUUGCUUGUGGCUUCAAUCUUUUCCUUUUAUUCUGUUUGCGAUCUCAUUCAGCCAGCAAAGUCUCACCUUUGCAAAGUUCAAUGCUGUUACUUUCAAACAUUGUCAAAUUCGUUCCAUGGUUCUUAGGUUGCAAGCCUUGAGACCUAUGGAACCUUGGGUGCCAUUGUGAAGAGCCGAACAGGCAUGAGGCAAGUUGGUUUUCUCACAAAUCGGCAUGUUGCUGUCGAUUUAGAUUACCCUAACCAGAAGAUGUUUCAUCCAUUGCCUCCGAAUCUUGGUCCGGGUGUUUAUCUUGGUGCUGUUGAGAGGGCAACAUCAUUCAUUACUGAUGAUCUGUGGUAUGGGAUAUUUGCUGGAACUAACCCAGGUAUUGUUAUUUUUUUCUUCAUGUUGUUAUGUUCUGGUGGUUAACCAAAGCCAUCAUAGCUUUGUAGUUUGGUGCUUGCUUAAGAAUGAAUACUACACAACACAUAGAAUGGCAUCUGAGGGUUUAUGGUAAGUUCAGUUGUUGUGGCCUGCAUAUUCCAUUAUGCAUCAGCAUUAUUAUACUGUUUUAUUUAUUUACAUAAGACGAUUCCAUUAGAGUUCCUAGCACGUCAUGCAGCUGCAAACUCUGUAUCAUACUUUGAUGCCUUCGUUUGGCGUUGACUAAAUAUACAUGUUGUCUUUGGUGCACCCUCAGAAACUUUUGUGCGAGCCGAUGGAGCAUUCAUUCCUUUUGCUGAUAAUUUUGAUAUUUCAAACGUUACCACCUUAGUUAAGGGAGUUGGUGAGAUCGGGGAUGUCAAGUGCAUAGACUUGCAAGCUCCAAUCAACAGCCUCAUAGGGAGGCAAGUGAUGAAGGUUGGAAGGAGCUCUGGUCUGACUACUGGAACUGUUAUGGCAUAUGCACUUGAAUAUAACGACGAAAAAGGCAUAUGUUUCUUCACUGAUUUUCUUGUCGUGGGCGAGAAUCAGAAGACAUUUGAUCUUGAAGGGGACAGUGGGAGCCUCAUCAUUUUAACAGGACAGGAUGACGACAAGGCACGUCCAAUAGGGAUUAUAUGGGGUGGGACAGCAAAUCGUGGUCGUUUGAAGCUUAAAAGUGGUCAUGCCCCAGAAAACUGGACGAGUGGUGUUGAUCUUGGGCGACUUCUUGAUCUUUUGGAACUUGACCUUAUAACAACCACUGAUUCUCUUCAAGGUACUCUUCAUUUGUCUUGAAAGCUUAGUUGUAUAGUGCAGAACUUAUCGUAGUGAGAUGAUAGUGGAGUUUGGUGCUUCCUUGAUAUUAUUGCUGUCAUCUGACAAGUCUGUUUUUCUUCAUUUUUUUUAUGAUUUUUUCUCAUCAUAGAAGCCAUCCAAGAUCAACGAAAUGCCAUGGCAGGAGCUAUUGAUUCUAUCGUUGGGGAGUCAUCUCAGGCGGAAGAGACACCGACAACAGAAAAGCCUGGUGACAUUUUUGAACCACUAGGUUUCAACAUCCAGAAAAUUUCAGUUGACGGUGCUUCUGGUUCAGAAACAAAUGCAUGUUUUGCACGCACAGAAUAUCAUAUGGAUGGAAUUGAUGUUGUUACAAAUGUGGAAGAGCACCAAUUCAUUCCGAACUCUCCUAUUCACCGAAAUCAGGAAGAGAACUCUGAACUGAGGAGUCUUUCCACAUUAAGAGAUGCAUCCGAUGAGGAUCUUUGCUUCGCUUUGCAUUUAGGUGAUCGAGGACAUAAGAGACAACGUUCUGACUCUAAAUCUGACAUGGAAUCGUUGAAAUAA